AUGUUGAAUAUGUUGAUUUCUUUCGGAAAUCACUACAAUCAUAUUUCUCCUCAUAUAUGUCCACCUCCUAUCCAUCCAACUUGUCCAUCCAUCCAUCUACCAAGUCCACCUCCUAUCCAUCCAACUUGUCCAUCCAUCCAUCUACCAAGUCCACCUCCUAUCCAUCCAACUUGUCCAUCCAUCUACCAAGUCCACCUCCUAUCCAUCCAACUUGUCCAUCCAUCUACCAAGUCCACCUCCUAUCCAUCCAACUUGUCCAUCCAUCUACCAAGUCCACCUCCUAUCCAUCCAACUUGUCCAUCCAUCUACCAAGUCCACCUCCUAUCCAUCCAACUUGUCCAUCCAUCCAACAAGUCCACCGCCUAUCCAUCCAACUUGUCCAUCCAUCCAUCUACCAAGUCCACCUCCUAUCCAUCCAACUUGUCCAUCCAUCUACCAAGUCCACCUCCUAUCCAUCCAACUUGUCCAUCCAUCUACCAAGUCCACCUCCUAUCCAUCCAACUUGUCCAUCCAUCUACCAAGUCCACCUCCUAUCCAUCCAACUUGUCCAUCCAUCUACCAAGUCCACCUCCUAUCCAUCCAACUUGUCCAUCCAUCCAACAAGUCCACCGCCUAUCCAUCCAACUUGUCCAUCCAUCCAUCUACCAAGUCCACCUCCUAUCCAUCCAACUUGUCCAUCCAUCCAACAAGUCCACCGCCUAUCCAUCCAACUUGUCCAUCCAUCCAUCCAACAAGUCCACCGCCUAUCCAUCCAACUUGUCCAUCCAUCCAUCUACCAAGUCCACCGCCUAUCCAUCCAACUUGUCCAUCCAUCCAACAAGUCCACCGCCUAUCCAUCCAACUUGUCCAUCCAUCCAUCCAACAAGUCCACCUCCUAUCCAUCCAACUUGUCCAUCCAUCCAACAAGUCCACCGCCUAUCCAUCCAACUUGUCCAUCCAUCCAUCUACCAAGUCCACCGCCUAUCCAUCCAACUUGUCCAUCCAUCCAUCCAACAAGUCCACCUCCUAUCCAUCCAACUUGUCCAUCCAUCCAACAAGUCCACCGCCUAUCCAUCCAACUUGUCCAUCCAUCCAUCCAACAAGUCCACCUCCUAUCCAUCCAACUUGUCCAUCCAUCUACCAAGUCCACCGCCUAUCCAUCCAACUUGUCCAUCCAUCCAUCUACCAAGUCCACCGCCUAUCCAUCCAACUUGUCCAUCCAUCCAUCUACCAAGUCCACCGCCUAUCCAUCCAACUUGUCCAUCCAUCCAUCUACCAAGUCCACCGCCUAUCCAUCCAACUUGUCCAUCCAUCCAUCUACCAAGUCCACCUCCUAUCCAUCCAACUUGUCCAUCCAUCCAUCUACCAAGUCCACCGCCUAUCCAUCCAACUUGUCCAUCCAUCCAUCUACCAAGUCCACCUCCUAUCCAUCCAACUUGUCCAUCCAUCCAACAAGUCCACCGCCUAUCCAUCCAACUUGUCCAUCCAUCCAACAAGUCCACCGCCUAUCCAUCCAACUUGUCCAUCCAUCCAUCUACCAAGUCCACCUCCUAUCCAUCCAACUUGUCCAUCCAUCCAUCUACCAAGUCCACCUCCUAUCCAUCCAACUUGUCCAUCCAUCCAUCCAACAAGUCCACCGCCUAA